AUGUCAGUGGAUCAAACGAUAACAGAACUCAGUGGCACUCUAGCACAACUGAGCACAUUAGUGGCACAUAUCAAUGGACAGAUAUCGGGUAUUACGGGACGAGUCAAUUUGACACUCGAUAAUUUUGAUCAGGCGGUUGCGAAUUUGGCAAAGGAUGCGGGAUCACUGACAUAUCAAGUUGGGAAUACGGUAUCACAAGUGAGUAAUAUUGAACAAAUUUCAGAAUAUUUUAUCCGACCAUUUACAGGUACCCAAUGCAUGGAUAUUCUACUUCAUCUUCAUCACUCUGAUUGUUGUAUUUAUUUUACUAUCGAUUUUAAUUCUUCUAAGUGUCGUCACAAAAGCACAAGUGAUCUACUCCUUCAUGAAAGGUUCGGACGACAGUUCCAAACGAAUGCUCGUCGAAAAAACACGACGAAGUACAGGAGAUUUUGGAUCACAAAGGACGCGAACGUCUAUGCGACACGUGCAGAUACCAAUGGAGACAGAGCCAAGGAGACCGGGUUUUCGAAGAGGUGUGAAGAAUUUCUGAAGAAAAAAGAAAAUUGUGUCAAACCAAUUCGACAGUAUCAGUCACCGCCGAAAAUAACAACGUCCGACCCUAUCAACGAAGGCCCGAUGAUUCUGGAAAAUACCAGGAUCAUCAACAAUCAUCAUCGCGACCCUACUCGACACGCCUUGAAGUAUAAUUUCUCAUUCCUGCUCAAAAAACCUUGUUGA